CAUUCCUCCCCUCCCCUCCCGCCUCCUCGCCUUCCCUCCUCGGAGUCCUUCCACCCGCGGCAGCUGCCGGAGGAAGCGGACGCUCUGCUGCGAGGCUGCGGGGGCUGGACCCGGGCGAGGGGCCUCAGCGCGCCUGGCGCUGAACUGAGCGCUCCCUUUCUCCGCCGCGCCCGGGCUGGGCUCUCACGCCCGUCUCUGCUCGCGCCCGCAGCUGCCUGGUGCACCAUCCUCAGAGGCGGCACCGCGGGGGGUGGCUGCAGCCUCGGCCUCCGCCCGGCCCCUCCCUCCCUCCCUCGCUCCUUCCCUGCCUCCCUCACCACGUAGGAGUUCGGAUUCUCCACCCGAAUCGUCCUGAUUUCCCUUCUCCUCUCUUUUGGAAACCGGAGAGGUGGAGGGAGGGCAACACGGCUGCAAAGGAGAGGCCCGCCAAGUCUGCCCGCCUGCAAAGUGUUGCUUUGACACAUCCUUAUUAUGGAAGUUAAGUAAAAAUAUAGACAUAUUAAAAAAUAACUCCGGACUUGGAGCUGCUACGGAGAAGGAAACCGGGGGAAAGAAAACCAGUAGGCAGGCCAAUGGUUUUUCGGCAGCGCGCUGGCAAGUUUGUGGAACACUUUCUAGGAAUUAGGUCUUUUCCUCCCCCUUCAUCAUCUUGACUUCUGAAGAAAGAACUUGGCUUUGGAUUGCAGUGGAGCCUAAGGAGAGAGGGUUAGACACACUCGAAUAAUCCCUCUGGCUGGGCUGAAUUUGUGGGAAUUUAGGAAGCCAGAGUGCUGGAAAUACAGCAGCCUUUGAAGUACCCUCUGUUAAUUUGGAUGGAUCUCAAUGUGCCCCGUUCGAGACCUCUCCACCAACCCCUUCUGAUCUUGCGAUUUGCUCUUCUUGACUUUAAUUAGUAUCUAGGAAAGUCUAAACUUUGGACCUACCUCUUUUUUUGAUACUCAUUUUUGUACUUUUGCUCUCUGGGAUUGGUUUCUUAAAGAAUCUGGAUGCUUUGUAAUAUGUCAAAAUGAGUCUGCUGAUGUUUACACAACUACUGCUCUGUGGAUUUUUAUAUGUUCGGGUUGAUGGAUCGCGUCUUCGCCAGGAGGACUUUCCCCCGCGGAUUGUGGAGCAUCCUUCCGAUGUCAUCGUCUCUAAGGGCGAGCCCACGACUCUGAACUGCAAGGCGGAGGGCCGGCCAACGCCCACCAUUGAGUGGUACAAGGAUGGGGAGCGAGUGGAGACUGACAAGGACGAUCCCCGGUCCCACAGGAUGCUUCUGCCCAGCGGAUCCUUAUUCUUCUUGCGCAUCGUGCACGGGCGCAGGAGUAAACCUGAUGAAGGAAGCUACGUUUGUGUUGCAAGGAACUAUCUUGGUGAAGCAGUGAGUCGAAAUGCGUCUCUGGAAGUGGCAUUGUUACGAGAUGACUUCCGACAAAACCCCACAGAUGUUGUAGUGGCAGCUGGAGAGCCCGCAAUCCUGGAGUGCCAGCCUCCCCGGGGACACCCAGAACCCACCAUCUACUGGAAAAAAGACAAAGUUCGAAUUGAUGACAAGGAAGAAAGAAUAAGUAUCCGUGGUGGAAAACUGAUGAUCUCCAAUACCAGGAAAAGUGAUGCAGGGAUGUAUACUUGUGUUGGUACCAAUAUGGUGGGAGAAAGGGACAGUGACCCAGCAGAGCUGACUGUCUUCGAACGACCCACAUUUCUCAGGAGGCCAAUUAACCAGGUGGUACUGGAGGAAGAAGCUGUAGAAUUUCGUUGUCAAGUCCAAGGAGAUCCUCAACCAACUGUGAGGUGGAAAAAGGAUGAUGCAGACUUGCCAAGAGGAAGGUAUGACAUCAAAGACGAUUACACACUAAGAAUUAAAAAGACCAUGAGUACAGAUGAAGGCACCUAUAUGUGUAUUGCUGAGAAUCGGGUUGGAAAAAUGGAAGCCUCUGCUACACUCACCGUCCGAGCUCGCCCUGUUGCUCCCCCACAGUUUGUGGUUCGGCCAAGAGAUCAGAUUGUUGCUCAAGGUCGAACAGUGACAUUUCCCUGUGAAACUAAAGGAAACCCACAGCCAGCUGUUUUUUGGCAGAAAGAAGGCAGCCAGAACCUACUUUUCCCAAACCAACCCCAGCAGCCCAACAGUAGAUGCUCAGUGUCACCAACUGGAGACCUCACAAUCACCAACAUUCAACGUUCCGACGCGGGUUACUACAUCUGCCAGGCUUUAACUGUGGCAGGAAGCAUUUUAGCAAAAGCUCAACUGGAGGUUACUGAUGUUUUGACAGAUAGACCUCCACCUAUAAUUCUACAAGGCCCAGCCAACCAAACACUGGCAGUGGAUGGUACAGCGUUACUGAAAUGUAAAGCCACUGGUGAUCCUCUUCCUGUAAUUAGCUGGUUAAAGGAGGGAUUUACUUUUCCGGGUAGAGAUCCAAGAGCAACAAUUCAAGAGCAAGGCACACUGCAGAUUAAGAAUUUACGGAUUUCUGAUACUGGCACUUAUACUUGUGUGGCUACAAGUUCAAGUGGAGAGACUUCCUGGAGUGCAGUACUGGAUGUGACAGAGUCUGGAGCAACAAUCAGUAAAAACUAUGAUUUAAGUGACCUGCCAGGGCCACCAUCCAAACCGCAGGUCACUGAUGUUACUAAGAACAGUGUCACCUUGUCCUGGCAGCCAGGUACCCCUGGAACCCUUCCAGCAAGUGCAUAUAUCAUUGAGGCUUUCAGCCAAUCAGUGAGCAACAGCUGGCAGACCGUGGCAAACCAUGUAAAGACCACCCUCUAUACUGUAAGAGGACUGCGGCCCAAUACAAUCUACUUAUUCAUGGUCAGAGCGAUCAACCCCCAAGGUCUCAGUGACCCAAGUCCCAUGUCAGAUCCUGUGCGCACACAAGAUAUCAGCCCACCAGCACAAGGAGUGGACCACAGGCAAGUGCAGAAAGAGCUAGGAGAUGUCCUUGUCCGUCUUCAUAAUCCAGUUGUGCUGACUCCCACCACGGUUCAGGUCACAUGGACGGUUGAUCGCCAACCCCAGUUUAUCCAAGGCUACCGAGUGAUGUAUCGUCAGACUUCAGGUCUGCAGGCGACAUCUUCGUGGCAGAAUUUGGAUGCCAAAGUCCCGACUGAACGAAGUGCUGUCUUAGUCAACCUGAAAAAGGGGGUGACUUACGAAAUUAAAGUACGGCCAUAUUUUAAUGAGUUCCAAGGAAUGGAUAGUGAAUCUAAAACGGUUCGUACUACAGAAGAAGCCCCAAGUGCCCCGCCACAGUCUGUCACUGUGCUGACAGUUGGAAGCUACAAUAGCACAAGUAUUAGUGUUUCCUGGGAUCCUCCUCCUCCAGAUCACCAGAAUGGAAUUAUCCAAGAAUACAAGAUCUGGUGUCUAGGAAAUGAAACGCGAUUCCAUAUCAACAAAACUGUGGAUGCAGCCAUUCGGUCCGUAAUAAUUGGUGGAUUAUUCCCAGGUAUUCAAUACCGGGUAGAGGUUGCAGCUAGUACCAGUGCAGGGGUUGGAGUAAAGAGUGAACCACAGCCAAUAAUAAUCGGGAGACGCAAUGAAGUUGUCAUUACUGAAAACAAUAACAGCAUAACUGAGCAAAUCACUGAUGUGGUGAAGCAACCAGCCUUUAUAGCUGGUAUUGGUGGUGCCUGCUGGGUAAUUCUGAUGGGUUUUAGCAUAUGGUUGUAUUGGCGAAGAAAGAAGAGGAAGGGACUCAGUAAUUACGCUGUUACGUUUCAAAGAGGAGAUGGAGGACUAAUGAGCAAUGGAAGCCGUCCAGGUCUUCUCAAUGCUGGUGAUCCCAGCUAUCCAUGGCUUGCUGAUUCUUGGCCAGCCACGAGCUUGCCAGUAAAUAAUAGCAACAGUGGCCCAAAUGAGAUUGGAAAUUUUGGCCGUGGAGAUGUGCUGCCACCAGUUCCAGGCCAAGGGGAUAAAACAGCAACGAUGCUCUCAGAUGGAGCCAUUUAUAGUAGCAUUGACUUCACUACCAAAACCAGUUACAACAGUUCCAGCCAAAUAACACAGGCUACCCCAUAUGCCACGACACAGAUCUUGCAUUCCAACAGCAUACAUGAACUGGCUGUCGAUCUGCCUGAUCCACAAUGGAAAAGCUCAAUUCAGCAAAAAACAGAUCUGAUGGGAUUUGGUUAUUCUCUACCUGAUCAGAACAAAGGUAACAAUGGUGGGAAAGGUGGAAAAAAGAAGAAAAAUAAAAACUCUUCUAAACCACAGAAAAACAAUGGAUCCACUUGGGCCAAUGUCCCUCUACCUCCCCCACCAGUCCAGCCCCUUCCUGGCACGGAGCUGGAACACUAUGCAGUGGAACAACAAGAAAAUGGCUAUGACAGUGAUAGCUGGUGCCCACCAUUGCCAGUACAAACUUACUUACACCAAGGUCUGGAAGAUGAACUGGAAGAAGAUGAUGAUAGGGUCCCAACACCUCCUGUUCGAGGCGUGGCUUCUUCUCCUGCUAUCUCCUUUGGACAGCAGUCCACUGCAACUCUUACUCCGUCCCCACGGGAAGAGAUGCAACCCAUGCUGCAGGCUCACCUGGAUGAGUUGACAAGAGCCUAUCAGUUUGAUAUAGCAAAACAAACAUGGCACAUUCAAAGCAAUAAUCAACCUCCACAGCCUCCAGUUCCACCGUUAGGUUAUGUGUCUGGAGCCUUGAUUUCUGAUUUGGAAACGGAUGUUGCAGAUGAUGAUGCUGACGACGAAGAGGAAGCUUUAGAAAUCCCCAGGCCCCUGAGAGCACUGGACCAGACUCCUGGAUCCAGCAUGGACAAUCUAGACAGCUCUGUGGCAGGAAAAGCCUUUACCUCCUCUCAAAGACCUCGACCUACCAGCCCAUUUUCUACUGACAGUAACACCAGUGCAGCCCUGAGUCAAAGUCAGAGGCCUCGGCCCACUAAAAAACACAAGGGAGGGCGGAUGGACCAACAACCAGCAUUGCCUCAUCGAAGGGAAGGAAUGACAGAUGAUCUUCCACCACCACCAGAUCCCCCGCCAGGUCAGGGUUUAAGGCAGCAAAUAGGCCCGAGCCAGCAGGCUGGUAACGUGGAAAACUCAGCAGAGAGAAAAGGAAGCUCUCUAGAGAGACAACAUGCAUCCAGCUUAGAAGACACAAAGAGCUCAUUGGAUUGUCCAGCUAGAACCUCCCUAGAGUGGCAGCGACAAACCCAGGAAUGGAUAAGCUCCACAGAACGACAAGAAGAUAUACGGAAAGCCCCACACAAACAAGGUGUCGGAUCAGAGGAGGCCUUGGUGCCCUAUAGCAAGCCCAGUUUCCCAUCUCCAGGUGGCCACAGCUCAUCAGGAACAGCUUCUUCUAAGGGAUCCACUGGACCUAGGAAAACCGAGGUGUUGAGAGCAGGCCACCAGCGCAAUGCCAGCGACCUUCUUGACAUAGGAUAUAUGGGCUCCAACAGUCAAGGACAGUUUACAGGUGAAUUAUAGUAAAUGAGAGGAGACAUACAAAGCUGCUCUGAAGGACCAUCAGGUCCGGACUCAUGGAAGUGAUGACUCUAAACAGUGCAAUGAACAAUUUAUUUAUGUACUAUUAAAAGAACUGUAAAUGCAAUGUAAAGACACACAGCCACACAUAUCCCACAGAUAUUUUCAUUGUGUUCUUCUCCUAAGUACACCACCCACCUUAACUCUUUCUUGUCAGGAGUAUAUAAAAAAGAAAGAAAACAAAACUCACCCUACAGGAAGAAAAGGAUUCUCCUCUGUAUAUAAUUUCUUUUGUGCAUUGCUAUGCAAGCUCACUCUUUUUAGCUCUGCUCAUAUUAUUGUCUGUUCUUAUUGGUCUGUUGUACUAUAUGUGAAUUAAUAGGCUGUGGUGCCAUAUAUUAACUUUUAAUUGUGUAACUUUUAUGUUUAAAUUUUGCACUGCAAUUUUAUUUGGUGAUAAGCACAAAUCUCUACUCCUCAUGACAUGAAGAAAAAGACUGAAUGUGAAGGGAGUUUCUGUACUGUAAGCUAGAUUGGAUAAUGAUGGCUGUAACAAAUCAUGUUAGAUGGUUUUCAGUUGGGGUGUAGAAAUAGGAAGAUGCAAAGGAACAAUGGUGUUGGCAAAGUCUUCUUUGAAUAUCAGGGACUGAGUCAAUAAAAAAAAUAGUAGAAAGGUGGCUUUUACUAUUGACAAAAGCAGGGGUCAAAAAAAGUAGUUUAAGUCUUAAGACUGAAUAUGCAUUAAAGUAUGCAGGUAGCAAAGAUGUAAUAAAUUUGCUUAAAAAAAGAAAUAAAAGUUUUAUUUAGAAUCAAUUUUACCUGUCAUUGUAAUUGACCCAUCUGAGAAUUACAAUAAGCAAGAGGAAAUUAAGGUGUUUUGCAAGAGCUGUAUUUAUAUUACAGUUUUUUAAAAACAUUUUCUGAAUUAUCAUAAUUAAGCUCUCCAACUCGUUAAGUCAGAAUAUAAUAUGAAGUUCCCCAAGAAAACGAACAAAAUGAACUCUAGAAUAUCUAGCAAAUAGUUAAAGAAGCAAUUUAUUAUUAGGGCAUACUCGGGCUGUUUCCAAAUAUAAACUCUAUUGCAAUAUCUUAUUUCAUCUUUCUAAUACAUGUACAGUGCACACUAGAGGAUAGAGCUGCAUCACUUAAAUUCAUGACUUAAAAAAUAAUACAGUUUAUAUACAAUUUGUUUUUGAUUAAGAAGUGAAGUUUAUGCCACCCAAUGUAUAGCCAAAUUGUACGUGCUUAAAAAGCAGUGCCGAGAGUAUGUUCAGUUCGCAGUAAGUAGAUUUAUUGGAAUAAAUAUUCUAUGGUACAUUCUCAGAAAUUGGCUUCCAACUAAAAUACGUUUGACCCAUUUUGAAUAAGGAAAUUGAAAAGAAAAAUUUAAAAGGAGAAAAAAAUGCAUGUUUAUAAACUUUUUAAAUAAAACCAGACCUUGUAAGUGGACAUUAAUAAUUGUCCUGCCUCAUUUGUUUUCACGACUUUGACAACAAGAAGUUCCUGAACAUUAGUCAUGUAUGCUCAGAAUAAAUGUGACUUUGAAAUAUAUGUUAGCUACUGUACAUGUAUAGUCAGUCAAGUAGAAGAGGACCUUCCUGAAAUUCCCACUUGUGACAUUUUCCCAUGGGUUUCCUACACAAUCUUAAAUUUUAUUUCUGUCUAUACUUUCUCAGAUUUUUCCUAUGAUAAGUUCAGUUGUUGGUACUCUUCUAAAAAUGUUCAACGUGAUUAGGAUCAGUUCUAAAAUAUGGGACCCCUGUGAGUGACAAUUCGCACUCCAUGCAUUAUUGGCUCAGUAGCCAAUUUAUGUCAUGUCAUUAUAACAAGGAGAUGACAUAAUUAAACAUUUCCAUCCUUUCUAUUCCCUGAGACUGCAUCAGCACAGGCAAGUAUAGAAUGUAAUGUUCUUCAUGGGCCCCACCAGCUUUUUGGUGCCAUGUAAUUUAUUUCUUCGCUGAAGAGAAAAAGAAUUCUGAGACACAGUUAUUAAACCCUUUAUCAACUUUCUACCAUCAGUGCCUGAAUUCUAAUGCAGUGUGAUUUCUCUGGGACAAAGAGACUGAGGAAGAUGAAAAGUUUCUUCAAACAGUGAAUACAUACUUAUUCACAACUCUAGGAUGUGAGGACUUUAAAUAUCUCUUUAUGAAGUUCCCUACCUAACCUCUUUCUAUUUAAAGGCAAACAAAUUUCGAAGAGGUUUUGUGUUCCCUCUUUAUGUUUCUCUAUGACCCAGUUUAGUCUAAAACCUUAGUUCAUUACAUAUACAACACAUAGCCUUUGAUCCCUGGUAAGUGGCAGGUGUUGGUGAUUAAUAAACCAAGGCUUCAAAGUGAAGUAUGUGUGUGCAGAUGACUUUUGGAAUAACGUGGGCAUAGCAUCAUACCUUCCUGAUUGUCUUCAGCAUAUAAAAAUUAACUGUUGUAGUUAAAAUUAUGUCAGUGCAGAGCUUGUGGUUACUUGGAAUGUUCUUUCAGAAUAGUCCAUGUUGCCUAUUAAACCUAGUUUUAAACACAUUGGGCAGUCAAUGUAUGCACCCAAAAUAUCACCCUCAGGUAGAUUGAGGGCAAGAUAAAAUGCUGUAGCUAUACAAAGGAAUUCAGAAACAUUAUUGGAAAGCAAAGCCUUUGUCAGCUUGCUACUGACAAAGUAGUAAAAAGCUACUAAUCAGUGUGAGUCAGAUGUCAACAGAAAAAUACAAAUACCUAUGAGAGCCACAGCGGUUUUUCAUUUCAUAGCCGAUUCAAUGAAUGUGAUUAGAAAUUCACUGAGCUCACCCUUGCAGGUUUAAACGGAGGCCUGCAUAAGGACUGCAAGAGGAAAUCUGGGUGGGAGAGAAUGUAAUCUGAUCUUGCACUCAUAGGCAAUGCUGCAAUGCAAUCAUGUCCAAUACAAGCACAGCUUCAUUCAUAACAGGAAACGUCUUCUUUGGGAAAAUAGCUCUAUUGGUGCCCAAACUCAGGUAUGCCAGUGUAUGCAGGUGGAGUUGCCCUACCCCUCUUCCAAACAUGUCCUGUGAGAUUUUUAAAAUAAGAUGGGAUAGUACAGGGGCAUGAAAAGAAUUGAUUCCUUCACAGGAUUUUAAUCCAGUUCAAGGGAGAAUGUAGAAAAUUCAAAACCAACAUAUAAGGUAUCACACAACCAAGAAAAGUAAAACCAUUGCAAGUUUACUUGCGUUGAGUACAAAACAGAUUUAAUGGUGUUCUAUGUCAUAGUUUAAUGCUCUGGGUAUUUAGAUAUGUUUUCAACAGGAUUUGAGUUGAAAGUUUGUAAUGUGCUUUGAUGGAACACUUCCCAAUUUCUAUUCAAUAAAUUUAUGUAAUUGUCCACUGACAAUAUAAUGAUAACAGUACCAUUGAACUCUAAACUGUGGUUUAUCUUCACCACUGGGAAGCAACUGUGCAUCAGUAUUAAAGAUAUGCAGAAACAUAA